AUGAUGAGACUUUUCGUUCUUCUCGGACUCUUGACCGUUUCAAUCAAUGCAGUCACAUAUUGUGCUGUGAAUAACGGGAUUUCAUGCAACGCAGUCUGUUCUUCUGGUUUCACCUGUGCCUACACAAGCACUGCAGCCACCGCUCGAGUUUGCUGUACCUCAGCUAAUCUGAGAACAGCAACAACGUCGUGCUACAAUCGAGGCACCGAUUGUGCUGCUCGUAGAGCCGCCGGAUAUUGCUCAAGAACGUACUACGUCACUCUGAUGCGAACGCAAUGCCCCCUUGCUUGUGGAUUUUGCUCGACUGGCAAA